UCAUUUAUCUCUACACUGAGCAGAUGAGCCGAGAGCAGCAGCCCCUGAUCAUGUGACUCCUCCUCCUCCAUGUGACUGAUCACCUGACUAUGACAUCAUCGCAGGUCCUGUUAGUACACUUCCUAUAAGCACAGGGCUCCUGUAUUGCUCUGCAGGUGAAGGGAGAAGACAUGAACAAUAUUAAUGCUCCAGAGACAGAUGGGAGCGGUGAUGAGCAGUAUAAGGAAGACAUUCCUUUAGGGAAAGAUCUGAUCUAUAUUAAUACUACAGACAUAAAGGACGAAGAGACAGAUGUGAGUGGUGAUAAGCAGUAUAAGGAGAACAUUCCUACAGGGAAAUAUCUAAUCUAUAUUAAUACUACAGACAUAAAGGAAAAAGAAGAGACAGAUGUGAGCGGUGAUGAGGAGUUUAAGGAAGACAUUCCUACAGGGAAAGAUCUGAUCUAUACCAAUUCUUCAGACAUAAAGGAAGAAGAAGAGGAGACAGGUGUGAGCGGUGAUGAGCAGUAUAAGGAAGACAUUCCUACAGGGAAAGAUCUGAUCUAUAUUAAAAUUAUAGACAUAAAGGAAGAAGAAAAGACAUAUGUGAGCGGUGAUGAGCAGUAUACGGAGGACAUUCCUACAGGGAAAGAUCUGAACUAUAUUAAUGCUACAGACAUAAAGGCAGAAGAAGAAGAGACAGAUGUGAGCGGUGAUGAGCAGUAUAAGGAGGACAUUUCUACAGAUGACUGUACUAGGAGAUCAGAGGAGAAUCUUAUAUCUUCAUAUUAUAAAGCAGAUGAUGAUAUCACACAAGAUACAUAUGAAGAACAUUCCAUUAUCCCAGAUACACCCUCAGCCCUUCACAGCCAAGAUCUCUCAUCUCAUGCAUAUAUACAGGUCCCAUCUUCUCAUUCAUCACAGGAUGCUAAGGAAAGGCGAUUUUCAUGUCCAGAAUGUGGGAAAUGUUUUAUUAAGAGAUACAAUCUUGUUAAACAUCAAAGAACUCACACAGGAGAAAAGCCAUUUUCAUGUCCAGAAUGUGGGAAGUGUUUCAUUAAGAAAUACAAUCUUGUUAAACAUCAAAGGACUCACACAGGAGAAAAGCCAUUUUCAUGUUCAGAAUGUGGAAAAUGUUUUUCUAAUAAAUCAAAUAUUAUUCAACAUCAAAAAAUUCACACAGGAGAGAAGCCAUUUCCAUGUCCAGAAUGUGGGAAAUGUUUUGCUAGUAAAUCAUCUCUUGUUAUACAUCAAAGAAUUCACACAGGAGAGAAGCCAUUUUCAUGUCUAGAAUGUGGGGGAUGUUUUACUAGUAAAUCAUCUCUUGUUAUACAUCAUAGAAUUCACACAGGAGAGAAGCCAUUUUUAUGUCUAGAAUGUGGGAGAUGUUUUACUGAGAAAUCAUCUCUUGUUUUUCAUCAAAGAACUCACACAGGAGAGAAGCCAUUUUCAUGUGCUGAAUGUGGGAAAUGUUUUACUGAGAAAUCAUCUCUUGUGAGUCAUCAACGAAUUCACUCAGGAGAGAAGCCAUAUUUAUGUUUAGAAUGUGGGAAACAUUUUACUCAUAAGUUAUCUCUUGUUGUUCAUCAAAGAAAUCACAGAGGAGAGAAGCCAUUUUUAUGUCCAGAAUGUGGAAAAUGUUUUACUCAAAAAUCACAGCUUGUUAAACAUCAAAAAAGUCACACGAGAGAAGACAAUUCAGAGCACUAAAUGAUACAGAUAACACAUCUGUAUAUUAACCAUGUACAUAGGAUAUCUGACAUUAUACAUAUAUCAUAUACUGCAUCUCCAAACUUGUUCCCAAUUGUUAAUAAAAGUUUUCUUUUAGAACGUAGUCACCGAUCCAGCGAUGUCAUCACUAUAGUUUACAUGGUAGGAGAAGAGUGUGAUAUAUGGUUGUGAUAUUCACUGCUCCUCAUGGAGAAGACCCAACAGGCAUAAUCCAUGGGGAGCUGCUACUGGAGACCCAAACACCUCAGAGAGAAGGGACUUAUUCCAGUGAUGAAGAAUUCCAGGACAUGACCAGAUUAGAGACACAAAAUCACUUCUAUCUUCUGGCUUCUAGGACAUUAUUCUGAUGGAAGAACUUUACACAUUAUACAAAGUCCUAUAGGUGUUGGGGAAGAUUUAUAGACAACUAGCUGAGUACCCGAUUUUUCCUACCUAAUCCAUGUGAGGAAGGAAAAUCAACAAAGGAGAAAGCAUUUGUCCUCAUAUCCCAUCCAUAAAUCCUGACCCCAUAUCCCCUCCGAAUAUUCUGUCCUCUUAUCUCAACCUCAUAUCCCAUCCUCAUAUCCUGUCCUCAUAUGAUGUUCCCAUGUCCGACCUCAUAUCCCGACCUCAUAUCCCGACCUCAUAUCCUGACCUCAUAUCCUGACCUCAUAUCCCGACCUCAUAUCCCGUCCCCAUAUCUAAUCCUCAUUUCUAAUAUUCCUAUCCCGUCCUCAGGUGGGGCUGCAUUGUGGUAAAGAUGUUGUAUGCUGAAAGUAAAAAGGGGUGUGGCUUAAGGAGUGGGCAUGUAUUUGCAAGAUGGUGUAUGGCAAGUGGGGAGGGUCUGGCUUGCCAGUGACUGAUACAUUCACCAGGAGAUGCAGAGCAAAGCUUGUGGAGUAAGGCACCAGAAGUCCUAUAUACUUCUCUGGGACUUGAAACAAAAGCCCAUCUUUCACAUAUGGGGGUAGGUUAGGGGUUAAUUUUACUAUCAUAUAUUUUUAUUUGACAUAUAAGUAACAUGUGACCAAGUAUUAUCGAAAUAUCUCCAGCCGAACGGAAGUUAUACUGAAACAAACAUUUCCCAUAGAUUUGCAUUGGACUUUAAACAAAAACCCCAAACCCUCCAAAAUAAGAGUAGGUAAGGGUUAAAUUAACCAUCCUUUAUUUUUAGUCGACAUAUAGGUAACAUGUGACCGAGUAUUAUCGAAAUAUCUCCAGCUGUUUGGAAGUUAUGCACUAACAUAUUUCUCAUAGCCUUGUAUGGGACUUUAAACAAAAACCCCGACCCUGGCAAAUGGGGGUGAGUAAGGGUUAAAUCACCUAUCCUAUGUUUGUAGUUGACUUAUAAGUAACAUGUGGCCAAGUUUCAUGUUAAUAUCUUCAGCCAUUUGGAAGUGAUGCUGGAACAUACACACAUAUAUAUACAUUCAUAUAUACAUACACACACAUAUAUAUACAUACAUUACACACACAUACAUACACACACACACACAUACAUAUAUGCACACACAUACAAACACACAUACAUAGAUACAGAUACAUACAUUACACACAUACAUACAUAGAUACAAAUACACAUACAUAAAUACAUACAUACAUUGAGUUUGAGAUAUAUAUAUAUAUAUAUAUAUAUUGUUGGUCAGUUGAUUACCCCUUUAGGGUACAGGAUGCCCUACCUAAGACCUGUAUGCAUAAUAAUAUGCAUGUGUUAAUAUGUAAAAUACCUUUUAAUCUAUGUAUAUCUGUCAUGAGGUCUGCACAAACAUUUUUACUUUUGUAAAGCAAAUUGACUGAAUGCAUGCUCUAUAUAAUGCUAAUGCAGCCAUGCAUGCUCUAUAUAACUGUAAUGCAGCCAUGUGAAACUAUAUGGUGCAAGGACAAAAGAAAAACCUGCCAAAAACAAAGAUUUUUACAUUCUAACAGCUUUGUAUGCAUGCUUUUUAUAGCCCUAAAGCAGCCACGUGGAUACUAUAUGGUGCACAUACACAAGAAAUAAGUUAAUAAAAUGAAGAGAAACCAUUUUGCAUAUAAAUAAUAGUUUGGCACCUUGUAUUGCUUGUAACUGUGCAUGAGGAUGCUUCUCCUGAAGAGGCUGCAGCUGUCUGGAUCUUGUCUGGGCUCUGAGGAACAGCAUGGAGAUAACCACACCUCCCUCCUCCCCUCCCCUCAGAGAUUUUGAUCCUUCUUAAAGGGGUUCUCCGGUGUUUACACAUCUUAUGCCCUAUCCAAAGGAUAGGGGAUAAGAUGCCUGAUCGCGGGAGUCCCGCCGCUGGGGACCCCCAGGAUCAUGCACGCGGCACCCCGUUUGUUAUCAGUCCCCGGAGCGUGUUCGCUCCGGGUCUGAUUACCGACGACCACAAGGUCGGCGGCGUGUGACGUCACGGCUCCGCCCCCGUGUGACGUCAAUCACGCCCCCUCCCAUAGGCUUGCAUUGAGGGGCGGAGCGUGACAUCACACGGGGGUGGAGGCGUGACGUCACACGCCGCUGGCCUUGUGGUCGUCGAUAAUGGACGCCACGCCCCCUCCAUUCAUGUCUAUGGGAGGGGGCGUGACAUGAUGAUUUGACUUGAUAAUUAACCUCCCCUUUUUGUGUCAAAUGUAUAAACAAUGUACUUCCGUGUAAUAAACAGAACUCCUUUGGGCAGCUCCUUAGCCAGUAUGCUGAGAAGGAGAUAUAUACCAACAUUCUGUCUGGUGUGUAUUCCUUGUGUCGGCACUCAGCGGUAUACAGCAGU